AUGGCCAUCAUUGCAAUUGCUGGUGGGACAGGACCUGUAGGCAAAUGUAUCGUUGACGGCUUGGUCCAGCACGGCGGCUACAAGGUCUUCGUUCUCUCCCGAAGGGAAAAUCUACCAGCAUCGGGCGUCAACUACCUUCUCGCUCAGUAUGCCGACAUUGAAGCCACUGCUCAGGCCUUGCAGCAAGCAAAAAUUGACACUCUCAUCUGUGCAAUUGGCGUGCGGGAUGAGAAGGCAAGCGAGGCCCAAACCAAUCUCAUCCGGGCAUCCCAUAUUUCGUCAACGACUCGAAGAUUCAUUGUCAGCGCUUACGACAAGCUUCAAGUGCCAGAGCAUGCGUCUUUGACACCUCGCGUAAAAUACACACUCGAUGCUCUGGAGGAGCUGGAAAAGACAGAUUUAUCAUAUACACGAGUGGUCAAUGGGUUGUUUUUAGAUUACUACGGCAUGCCGCACUGGAAGACGCCGCUUCACCCCUGGCUCAAUGCUGUCAACAUGGAGAAGAAAUGGGCCGUCAUCCCCGGCGAUGGAUCUGCUCAAGCAGAUUUCAUCACAUCUCAAGACCUCGGCACUUUCAUCGGAAGAUUGAUGGACUUAGAGCACUGGGACAAAGUUAGCUCAAUCGUAUCCAACACGAUGACAAUGAAUAAGCUUGUUGAACUUGCAGAAAAGACAAGAGGUUGCAAGUUUAAAGUUGUCCACGACAGCUUGGAUAGGCUCAAGAGUGGAAAGAUCUCAUUUAUCGAGGAAUUUCCCCCCAUCGGUCGUGGGGAUGGGGAUCAAGCGUACUUUGCACUCAUCCAUUACCAAAUCGGGUUGGGAUACUAUCGCGUACCGAAUGAGAAUACACUCAAUGAGAGACUUAGUGAUAUCGUUGUUACUUCGGCUGAAGAGGUCAUGAAGCGAUCAUGGGGCGGACGUUGA